AUGGGUAAACAGUACAUCCUGACUGUGACAGCCUCCCAUGCUCAUGGUCUGGACAUAACCGGAGUCGCUAUGACCGACAAAUACACAAUUACCGUAUCCAGUGACGGUCAAGUGGCGUUUUGGGACAACAAGAAGGACGAGGUCCACAACCCUUCAGAUUCAGUGGUCAAGAAGUUGAUCAACGAAAUUGGCAUCCACCAUGUGGCUGUAUACGAAAAUAUUCCACCAGAACUGACACAAAAGGUGGUUCUUCUAGCCUUCGCAUGUUUCGAUGGCUCCAUCAAGUUCUACUACUACAUCGAUGAAAAUCUCGAAACCUUCAAAGAAUUGGACACAGGUUCUACUUUCAAAGCAAACUUCUGGACGCCUGGCUUCUACAAAGACCCAAAAUCAAAGCAAGACAUGUUCAUUGUCACCAAGGCGAACGGCCUGGCUGCUGUAUAUGCUUUGAGCAUCAAGGAUGUUGAGGGCACUAUAGAAAUCGCCACUGAAGAGCUUCUAGGGGAGCUUCACGUAACUGUGAACAACGCUGCAUUUCCAAACUCCUUGGGAGUCUCCCAAGCUACAGACGGACUCGUCGCUGUGGGUUACACUUCUGGAGAUGUUGCUGUCUUCACCUUACAUGGCCUCAAGGCCUUGUUCACCUUUUACUCGACAGAUCUCCAGGUCGACGAGAACAUAGGAUCCAGCUCCGUUCCUCGUGUGCUUGAAUUUUCGCCCGGUGGAUCUAUCCUUGCGGUUGCGAGAGAUAACCAGUCUGCUGGCCUGAUCACUCUCUACGAUGUCGAGUAUGGUGAGAAUGUCGGAUCAUUGACUACACUGUCACACUCCACCAAGACCACUGUUGGAGGUUUCGCUCAUGACGGAUGGAUCAUGGGUCUCGACUUCAAUGCCGACGGCCUGCUUCUUGCAAGUUGCGGUUUUGACAAAUGCAUCAGGGUGUGGAAUCUCGAGCUGCGUGAGCGUGAGGCUACUUUACAAGUGAAUGUCACCGACUUAGAAAAUACCGAGCAUGACGACAGCAUUGACAGUAGCGUUUGCAGUGGCGUCGCGUUCAUCGAUAGAGGUGUCAGAGCAGGUGCUGGAGGAGACUCUAACGAGGGGCUUUGUGUAGUCAGUUUUGAUCGUGGAGUUCGUUGGUAUAGAGAGGCAGGUGGUAUCUGA